AUGGGAGUUGGGGUGGAAGUAUUUGAGCAUAUUUUAUCAGCGGGGUUCACAAAAGAAUGGGAAACAGCACCUAUUCCACGCAACGAUGUCGGUCUUAUGUCGAAAACACGUCUAUACAAACGCUCACUUGAUGCACCUGGAGUGUUGGGUCUUGUAUUACAUCAUAUCAACUCCACAAUGGCCGACUUCAGUCUACAACAGAUAUUUGGUUUGACACCAGCUGUAUGCUCUCGAUAUCGAAAUUGGGGGCUGUGUAUCUUGCAAGCAACUUUAAGGGAGUUUCCAGCAGCCCGUAUCUGCUGGCCCAAAACAUUAUCAGAAUGCGAACGAUAUUCCAACUUAAUUUCAAACCGUCACCACCAUCUGACAAAAGCAAUUGGGUUCGUCGAUGGCUGUCAUCUUCCAAUCUUUACAUCUUCCGAUCUUGAUCUCCAAAACGCAUACUACAAUGGUUGGUGUUCAGCACAUUUCACCUCAAAUAUAUUCGUGUUUGCUCCUGAUGGGACAAUUAUUCACGCGACUAUUAAUGCACCUGGGAGUUGGCAUGAUGCAGCUGUCUCACGAGAUUUAUUUGCGCAACUACUUCUUGAUACUCCGGCUGGCUAUUGGAUUAUUGGCGAUACAGCAUUUCCGACCUCCAAAGAAUUGAAGGACCGAAUCAAAACUCCACCAAAGACAAGUUUCAAUGCAUACCCAUCUGAUAUUGAUGAGUGUCGCCGUUUCAUUCAAUUCAAUGAGCAAUUGGUUUCCGCCAGACAGGCAGCUGAAUGGGGAAUGAGAUGCUUGCAAGGGUCAUUUGGGCGACUUAAAUUGCCUAUGCCCGCAGAGGAUGCUGCAUACAGAUACAGGCUUUUGGAGGUAUGCAGUAGACUCCAUAAUGUACGGACAUGUUUGGAAGGGAUCAAUCAAAUCCGUACUGUGUAUGAAGGUGUUUGGAAAAGUAACGGAGAAUAUUCAGAGUUUCAAGAACUUCUUUUUCGUGAUAUUAAGAAGAACGAUAGAAUCAGAAGAUUCUAUCAUUUUGUACCUUAA